AUGGCAGAAGCAGUUGGCCUGGCACUCAGCGUCCUCCCCAUUGUCAUCUGGGCGCUGGAGAAGUACUCGGAGCCUUUGGAAGCAUACACUGGCUAUCACAAUGCGAUCAGCACGCUUCAAGCCAACCUGCAGAUCCAGCGGAUGCAUCUCGAGGCGACCUUUCAGAGCAUAGGCUUGCGACACCCAACGCCGCGCGAGCUGCAUGAGUGCCUACGACAAAAGUUUCCACAGAACCACCGUGAGAUUCUCUUUAUUAUUCGGCAGAUGGACGAUAUGAUGAUGAAAUUGAUGGAGAAUCUGCAAGUAGAUAUGAGCCGCAAACCCUUAUGGACACACGAAUCUUCCGAAAGGGCAUCAUGGGAAUGGCGCCGCGUCAAACGAAGCUUCCGCGCAAAGAAAUGCGACAAGAUCAUCCACGAUCUGCGUAACUGGAACGACGACCUCCGGCAUCUCAUAGAAAGCGCAGCAACUCUCCCGCAUGACGAAGGCUAUGCCAUGAGGAGAGUAAGGCGGCUGUACAGCAGAAGCAACUGCGAAUCAGUCCGAAACACCCUUCGAGCUCUCCAUCGGGCGCUUCAGGCAGGAUUGGAUAGUGAUGGGGCGAAGAGCCAUCAAGUGUGUAUCGAGCUGAACAGUCUUCAUGCGGGAGGUAUUCCUCUUUUGACGUUUCGGAUUGGUAUUUUGCAUGAGAUGGAUGAGGCUCGGAGUGCUCCAUGGAGGGUAUUCUAUGCUGCUGGAGAAGCAACCAAAAGGACCACGGGCUUAGAUUCACCACCAAUGUCGCCACAUUCCUUACGAUCUAGGCCGUCGACUCUUCGAUCAAGACGGUCAUCUUCAUUACGCGAGAUGGCGCAUAGCAUAUGGAGCAAAUCGCGAGAUUCAUUCAAACAGCUCCCCACCCCAAGAGCCAGCGUAGAAGACACAUCAAUCAUCCCAAACAUCUCAGAAAUCAUCACCCCCACCCCUCCCCCAAUCACCAACCUCUGCAAAGACUUCGACUCAUCCCCCCACGAAGACGUCUUCGGCUCUCUCAAAGACCCAACCCCCUCAUCAUCCCACGAACAAACAAUCUUCUCCCUAAGCCACGUAUCCCGCAACCACGACAAGAUCCUACGAGACAUCUCCCUCGAGAAAAUCACCGCCACGGAAUCCCAGCGCGUAGCUCCCGCCAUCCAACCCCUCUCCGCAAAACGAAGAUACGGCAUCGCCGCCUCUUUAGCCUGGGCGGUAUUAUACCUCUCCGGAAGUCCUUGGCUCUCCCACGGCCUAGACAGACGUAAAGUCAAACUAUUCCUCCAACGAAAACAAGCAAACGGCUACAUAAGCCUUUCCGAAAAAGUCUACCUCUCAUGCAUAAUCUCCAAGACAUCAUUCUCAUCACCAGCAUCAUCAUCCACCUCACUCGGCCAAACAACUCCAAAGAGCCUCAUCUUCGAGCUCGGCAUCCUCCUCAUCGAACUCGCAGUCAACCGAUCCUUCAGUCAAGAGUCUCUCUCUGCUAUACUUCAACACGAUUACCGUCCGCUGAAGCACUACCUUGAUCGAGUAGAGCUAGAAGCUGGGAUAUACUACUUUAACGCCGCUCAGCGAUGCGUAUACAGCGUCUUUCUUGCUGAUCAAGAGCAGAUGGACUUUGAUCUGGAUAAGUUCCAGCAUGAAUUUUACAGUACGGUUGUGGCGCCUCUACAAGCGACGUAUGAGGCUCGAUAG